UCAUAUUGGAACUUUGUGAAACUUUCGAUAAUCAGCAGGUAGAACCCAGAGCCGAAAGAAGGCUAGACUUCCAAAGGAGCGAAUGGCAGAAAACAAGACAGAGGUGGCAAAAGGCGCUCGGCGCCGUGGGAAGAAGAAGGAAGCCCCGUCGCAAGGACAUGUGCCAGUUCUCCUGACCAACGGGCAAGGAGUUGCAAAGAAGGCCACCAGGCCGAAGGCUAAGUCAGGAAAAGCCGCAAAGGCCGGCGAGGGAGAACCUCUGUACAUUGAGGAGAUGAUUAGUCUGCGAAAGUUGGUUGCUGACUUUCGGCAGAGCAGCGACCUGGAGAGGAAGUUUCCUGGACUGAACAAGGCGCAACGCUGCUUCGUGCAUCGGGUGGCCCAUACGGCCGGACUAAAGACCGUAAGCGAUGGCUUCGCAGACAAUCGCGUCCUCACUAUAAAGCGCUUGCCGCUAAAAGACCUCCCGGACGCGAAGUGUAUCCAGGCCACACUGUAUAAGAGUCCGGAGCUCUUGAAGUUGCUCAUCAGCAUGAACGGAGCGGUAAAACGCCGCCUGAGUGCCGGCAAACCGGAUAACUGGCGUGGAAACCAGCAGGAAAUGCUCGAUAGACGACCCAACAACUUCGGACUGGUCGGGCACAAGCUCAUCCCGCCCGGGGCACGGAGCAACAGCAUACGGCAGGAGCGGCAGAGCCUGCCCAUCUACAAACACCGCGACAAGAUCCUCAGUACACUGCUACGUGAACAGGUCUUGAUUAUCAAAGGAGCCACUGGUUCCGGCAAGUCCACCCAGUUGCCGCAAUACAUCCUCGAAUGGGCCACCGAGCAUCGCACUCCAGUCAGGGUCAUCGUAAGCCAACCACGACGCAUAGCAGCGAUGAGUGUUUCUGAGCGCAUUUCGGAGGAACGCGGCGAGGCGCUAGGAAGCACAGUGGGCUAUCAGAUACGCAUGAACAGCAAGUGCAGCAGUCACACGGUUCUCGUGCUGACCACAAGUGGUUGCCUUUUGCGUGCUUUGACCAUGGAUGGCGAAGCCUUCUUCAAGAGUACCACACACUUUAUCAUCGACGAAGUGCAUGAGCGCGACUUGGACACAGAUUUCCUUCUGCUCGCCACCAAGAUGGCGCUGCAAAAAAAUCCCCAUCUCCGUCUCGUGCUCAUGUCGGCCACCAUGAACUUGGAAGCCCUGUCCGAAUACUUUGGCAAGGCCACCGUGAUGGACGUGGAGGGACGCACCUUCGACGUUAAGACCUUUCAACUGGAGCACAUUCUCAGUGAGACUGGUUACAUGACACCGAGAAUGGAGCAGUAUAUGGGCGAAACGAAUGAUGAAGUACAGCCCGGUGAACUGUUGGCCGCGUAUCACGGCGGUCGCACCAUCAUCGAUCCCGAAAUCGACAACGAUUUGAUCGUUUCCCUGUUGGAACUAUUGUUGCUUAACGGCGACCAUGGAGCGGUGAUUGUAUAUCUGCCCGGUUACAACGAGAUGACCACGCUAAUGGAUCGCCUGAAAACGAGUCUGCCGCUGGACCAGAUCAAGAUCAUGAUGCUGCACAGCCAGGUGGAUAGCAGCGAGCAGCAAAAGGCCCUACAGGUGUAUCGUAAUGUACGUUUAAAGAUCAUCCUGAGCACAAACAUUGGCCAGACUUCGAUCACCAUUCCGGAUCUGCUGUACGUCAUCGAUACGGGUCGCUGCAAGAUGAAGACCUAUGACCAGGACUCGGAUGCCUCGCAAUUGACCACCACAUGGAUCUCGCAGGCGGAUGCCCAGCAGCGGGCGGGCAGAGCUGGACGGCUGCGCCAUGGCAUCUGCUAUCGACUCUACGACAGCGAUCGCCUGGCCAAGAUGAAUCUGUACACGAUUCCAGAGAUAAAGAGGCGUACCCUCGACGAGAUAUGCCUGCUGACGAAAGUGGCAGCACCGGACUAUCUCAUUGCCUCGUUUCUGGCCAGGGCACUGGAUCCUCCACAACCGGAGGCGGUGGCUCAGGCCUGCUCGAAGCUGCGGCUCCUUGGCGUGCUUCACGACUUUGAAGAACACAUUACGCCGCUGGGACGCAUCAUUGCCGAGCUGCCGCUGGGCGUUCAGCUGGGCAAGUGUCUGGUGUACUCGAUAUAUUUUCGCUGCCUGGGCAGCAUGUCAAUUAUUGCGGCUUUUCACUCGGUAAGGGAUCCCUUCAUCUUGACCAUGGAGCGCGAGAAGAAGUGGGACCAGCAGAAUGCCAGACGCCAGUUUACCGGGGACACGAUGAGCGACUCAAUGGCAGCCUUGCAGCUCUACGAGGAGUAUGUUAAGCUAAAACGCUACCGUGUCUAUGAGUUUUGCGAGCGUAACUUUGUGUGCCGCAACUCGAUGGAGCUGUUUGUGUCGGCGGUGCACACUCUGCGCGACACAGUGCACCGUCUCUUCCGCUUUAACCAGAGCAGCGUGCGCUUGGCCUCCUCCUUCGACAAGGACACCAACAUGAUCCGCCUGGCCUUGACGGCCGGACUCUAUCCGAAGCUGGCCUACAUGGAUCGGGCAAACAAGCACCAGUUAAUCUGCGAAGGAGACGACGCCGUCCAAGUGUCGCGCAGCUCUUGUCUGCUGAGAAAAAAGACGCAAAAGAACCUGGCCAGCGAGUGGAUUUUGUUUGUUGAAAAGACCCGCAACGCCGAGCUAAGAUCCUCGCUGGAGCACACCACUUUGGUUAGCGGAUUAAUGGUGGCUCUCGCAGCCGGAAAGCAAUUCCGAUUGGAGUCAAAUGGCUCGGCGGUGCUGCUCUGCCUGGACUCAUGGAUCCGCCUCAGCUGUUCCGAGAAUGUCGGUCAAUACAUUGGCCAGAUGCGCGCCCUGAUGGAGUGUGAGGUGGCCAAGUUGGUGGAGACGCAAAGAGUAAGCGCUGCAAGUGAGUUUCUAGGCCCGGAGAAUUUCCGUCGACUGCUACUGGCGGAUGUUCCCUCGGUUUGCCUGGCCAAGGGGAAGAGUCUGCCCGAAGACUUCAACUGUGAUAAUGGCGAUUAGAAGCCAAGGAGCACGACAGGAGGCUGAUGGAUAUCCCUACACAUGCACAUACUUACACUAAGACAUCGGCCAAAAAACUAGACACGUAACACCAAAAACUUUACUUAAAUUGCCACAGUAUUUACGUGUGAUCGAUUCGGCCGGCCCGUAGGAAAAAACAAAAUAAAUCGUGAACACAUAUUUGUACAGUGCGUUUCAAAAGCCUAGGACAGCCUAUCGUACCUGAUUAGGGCAGCUAAAUUCACAACUAAGAGGCUUACGAAUAUUUAAAAAAAAACAUGUAUUUUUGUACAUCGAGUUCCAUUUAAUUUUGAUGGAAUAUAGAAUAUUCCUUUAGAAACUAUUAACUGAGUUAAUGACUGGAAUAGAUAAUACAAGCCUGACUUUUUACGAGGAAUUGAGAAAUAAAAAAAACUGUCAGACUUCCAUCUACUUAUUUUUUAUAAUUAUACACGAUAAGUAAUCAAACGUAUUAACUGGAUUUUUUAAAUAUUGUGAUAUAAAAAGGCGCAAAUACGACAUUAUGUAUACUUUAAACCUUAAGAUAUUUUCGUAUAUUUAUCAAGAUCUUUAUACUCGAUUUGUAGUAUCGUGACAGAUAUCAUUUUAUUAGGCCAAUUCUACGUUUAAUUCGCUUGUGUUUUAUUCGAAUUAAGUCUGCUUUUUUAUACACUUAGUAAUUUUUAAUUAGAAAAUCAGAAAGGGCGCGCAUAAACCUUAAGGUAUUUUAGAAUAGAAGCAACAUCUCCGAGUUCCAUUCCAUGAACUAUAACCGAUAUUCAUCGAUGUAACUACUUUAAGCUCUGAAACGCACUGUAGGCACCUAUUUAAGCCAUUUGAAGCACACAGGGAACGAAAAUGUAAACCAAAAAUUAUGAAUUUUGUUUGGAGAGUGCAGUUGCGGGCACUCCCUAAUUGCCGGGUGAAAAUAUGUGUGCCACAAGUGCCACGAGAUGCCAGGGAGAUCGCGACUCGGUGUCGGUGUCGGUGUCGCUGUUGCUGUCAGUGUCAGCAAGGCCGGAUGGAUGGUGGGCGUGGCAGUUCCCUGCGGUGCAUUGGGCCAUGGCCGCCAUGGAGUUGGCGUUUAUACUCCAUCCGACCCGCCUGCCUCCCACUGCCCAUUCAGGCGCAAACAAGAGCGGGCAGGUAGAAAAAAAAAAAAAGAGUUAAUUGCACAGUCGACGACGCAGUCAAUAAACCUGAAGUCGAGCUUGUCGCUGAUGCAGCAACAAUGGCCACAAAGACACCGGGGCAAGAGCAACAUGCAACAGAAACAGCAACAGCAACAAAAGACGCCAGCUUACAAAGAAAGUGAAAUUAAUUUGUUAUUUUUCGGUCGAUUGUGGCUCUUUGAGCGAUGCCAUUGAAAACUGGGAGAGAGCAUAACCAAUCUCCACGAUUGGCCCUACAAUUUCGAUGUCUUUUACUGCUUAUAGAUGUUGUUGCUCUUCAAGCAUUCUAUAUAUGUUUAAAAUAUUUGAGAAAAUGUUUUAAAUUUACUGUUUACGAGAAUAAAACAUGUGCACGCAUCUCUAUUUUAAAAAAUAGUGGUAAUACUUCUCUCAUAAGACCCAAAAUAGCAUUUCAACCCUGUUUCUGAUGUAAAAACUACUGAACACCAUUUAAAAUCCCAUAUAAUCUUAGUUUUUCCCCUAAAAAAUCCGUCCUGGGCUCAAAAAUUAAAUCAAUUUAUAAAGUUUCGGGUUUUUGAUAUAUUUUUUUGUAUUUAAAAGCCUAGUUUUAAUGCUCUGAAAAUGCCAGUUAGUGGCAGAAUCUAUACACACUAAACGAAUUUUAAAGUAUAUAGUUAAGGCUACAAAGAACUAGAAAAUAGAAUAUGAAUGUAUUUUUGAUGUACCUACAAUUGCAUAUUUUGAAAAUAAACGUUUACUGGAUUCUUGAUGGAAAA